AUGAUUAAUGGCUCCAGCGAUAAAUUUUUUCUUUCUGUUAUAAGAGUUUUCAUUGUUGUUGUUGCACUUCUGGGUAUAUAUUCUAUAUUAUCAACACUGGUUUUGAUAAGUGUUGCAUCAAUUACAUUACGAUUUUUCAUUGUUGGUAUUGCACUUCUACUUUUGGGUGUUGCCAUCUUAGCUUGGUGGCUAAUAUCAACAGAUUUAAUUGAAAGUAGACAAACUUUAUCAAACGUGUAUUUGCAGUCACUUCGAAGAACUGAUUCUGUUUCGUACCUUUUUAUGUUAAAAGUAACAGAUAUCAAUGCUGCCUGCUUACAAUUACGAACAUGUUAUCAACUUGAUCCUUUGCCACAAUUGACGCUUGAUUCACCGUGGGUAAGAAGAUUAUCACCAACCAAUCACUGCGAUUCACCACCUCCAAUUUAUAGCACUUCGCAAUCUGAAUUAUACUUUCCAUCUUUUUCUCCACCACCAGAUUAUGAGUUCCAUGAAAACCAACAGACUGUUUUGCGCAAUCAAUUACUCCAAAUAAUUGACUGUUCCAAAGCUGAACCAAUCUUUUCACUCUGGAAUCAAAGAGCAACUUCAUUUUGA